GUUUUGAGAGCAUGCAAUUGGCAUGCCGACUGCAUGAAUAUCCGCCCGAGCUGUUGCUCGACCGCAGACCAUGUAUAACCACCAGCCCAAGACCUCUUUAUCCAGCAUCUUCACCUCCAAGAUCGUCCCACCCGGACCAGCCACCCGGACAGCUGCUGCUACAAUCAGUUUGCAUUACCUAAGAAUUUCUGCAGAAACUGUCAGAAACCGUCUCAGGGAAGCUCAACUGCAUUCCUGUCAUUCACAUCGCUGUCUCGACCUGACUGUAGUUCGUCAUCGUAACCGACUUAAGUGGGCAAAUGCUCACAUUUGAUGGCGUCUGGCACUUUGGAGAGGUGUUCUUAAUGGAUGAAUCCUGGUUUUCACUGUAUGGGCAGAUGGCAGAAAGCGUAUGCAUUGUGUGGAGCAGCAAACCUGAUGACUGCUACACCUGCCAUUUGUUAAUUCAUCAUCUCCAGCAGCAGCAUACACGAGCAGAGCUUUACAUAACGUGUGCAUUUGAUUUGAUCUCACACAUGAUAGUGAGAUAUCGCCGGUUGUUCUGUGGACACGGACACAAACGGAGGGUGAUCCAGAAUGAACAGGGCUGCUGCCACCUGCUGGAUAUUUCUCCUGCUUUCAGCAUUCCUCUGCGAUCAGGUGAUGUCCAAAGGCGGCAGAGGAGGUGCCAGGGGCUCAGCACGGGGCAGCGCCCGAGGCGGCCGGACAUCCCGCACCCGAGGCUCCCCCGCCGUGCGGGUGGCAGGAGCAGCGGCGGCCGGGGCUGUGGUGGCACUGGGAGCCGGAGGAUGGUACGCGUCGGCCCAGCGCCGACCGGAUGACAGCUCAGAGCAUGGUGAUGAUUACUACAGUAACCGAACAGACUGGGAGCUUUACCUCGCCAGGACAUCAAGCGCAAUAGUGUAUGACUCCACUACCACUAAACUUUCCACUCUGCUCCUACCAAUAAACCUGGUCAUGUACUUUGCCCCUUGAGGCAGUUUAAGACACAGCGUAAUAAGCUGCUUAUGUAUGUUACUGUGCAACACCUAUGUUUAAUAAUGUGUCUGUUGCACAACAAAGAGGAUAUGAAAACAAAAGGCAGAUUCAAAACUUCUAUUUAGUUUAGUAGACAUUUUAGGAAUAUGAUCUGAAGUUAGACUGCUUAGUUUGCUUCAACAGGAGCAUUAGUAACUAUACAACUAUAGACUACUUAAAUUAUGCUGGUCACAUCAUGUAUUGGAUGGCAAAAAUACUGUGUUAUUGUUGUGCUGCUGAACGGCUGGAGAACCACCACUGUAAUUGAGAUGAAUCUUUUUUUAAUGAACCUUUGUCUCUUUAUCAAUAUUUAUGUUCACAUUUAACUAAUAAUUGUGUUUAGAUAGAAGAGGUAUGCUGUAACAUGUUUAGAAUAUGAAAACCGUUUCUAUCUGUACCUGUACUUCCAUUGCUGUGGGUGUUAAAAUGUCCUGUUUUUAAAUUUCUACUACCGGUAUUUCUAGUAGAUUUUUUUGAUAAUGCAGUAUCUAUUAAGUACACAAGUUUUUAAAAAAGGCUGUGAAAUUAAAGCUGUUUUUAUAAUCUAACACUACAUAAGCACUGUUUGCCAGCUGUUAGAUACAUUUAAGAGAUUACAUUUUAGAUAUCAAAGCAAUUACAUGCCAAAUAUUUGAUAAAAUGGACAUAUUAGUAAGGAAAAACAGCUGAUGUGAAAGUAGACAAGUAAUUUGUGUUGGCAACUGAUGUUUGGUUUUAAUCUUCGCUUUUCACAUACAAACUUAUGCACUCAAGAUACCAAUGCUGUUAAAAUUAAACUGAAUAAUGUAUUGCUUCAAUUACACUCACUGCCCCUUUGACCUGAUAACUACACAAUAAAAACAAGACAUGUCCAAAA